UCUUGUUCCGUCGCCAAUAGCAUAAAAACCCCGAUGUGGGUUGAGAGAAAACGGGGAGCACUUUCCUUAGCUUGUGGUACUGUGGGUGUAGCGAAGCUUGGAAGAAUCCGACCUCUGCCCGUUGAUCUGCGUGUUUUUCUGGUGGUUCGUGUCCCUGGAAAAUGGUAUGCUCUGAAAGGGAAUUUAAAGCGCCAGAAGAAGCUGAUCAGCAGGUAAUGUUCAUUUACACAUCUGAGAAAUCAUGAACUCGGUGUCACUUGCAGCCAUUUUUUGGUGUAUCCUAAUACCAUCAUUUGAGACCAGCAAGACAUUUGAAGACAUCCGCUGCAAGUGUGUCUGCCCACCAUAUCGGAAUAUAACAGGACAGAUUUACAAGAACAAUGUAUCACAGAAAGAUUGUAACUGCCUGCAUGUGGUGGACCCUAUGCCAGUGCCAGGACAUGAUGUGGAGGCAUAUUGCCUGUUGUGUGAGUGCAAGUAUGAAGAACGAAGUACCACGACCAUCAAGAUUAUCAUCAUCAUUUAUCUCUCAGUGAUUGGAGCUCUUCUACUCUACAUGGUCUUUUUAAUGGUAGUUGACCCUUUUAUCCGCAAACCUGAUGCCUAUACUCAGCCCCUGCACAAUGAAGAAGAAUCAGAGGAUCCCUGUUCCUUGACAGCCAUACGUCCCUCAGCCAGUGCCAGAACCAAUACAGUGCUGGAGAGAGUGGAAGGAGCCCAGGAAAGGUGGAAGCGUCAAGUGCAGGAGCAGCGGAAGACUGUGUUUGAUCGGCACAAGAUGCUAAGCUAGACCUUUUGUUUUAGUGUGACCUGCAGCUGCUGGUUAGCUAGGCAAAACUUUGUUUGCCAAUACAGACCCCAAAUCUGUAGUUGAAAUAUCUUGCACCCGCUGUUCCUGAUUGGGUUUGCUUGUUGUCCUCCUCCUCAGUCCACCCAAGAGAAUAGGCUGCAUUUGAAGCAAGCUGCUGGCUGUACGUUCCAUCUGAGGGCUGCCGCUUGCUUUAUUUGUUGCUGUCAGGAAAAAAUAACUCUAGGAUAACUAUUUGACUUCAAAGUGAGAAACAAUUGCAACUUUGGGUUCUCUAAUCUGCCAAGCACCUGGUUUGGUGAUAAAAAUGUGGCAUGCAUUUCUUCGUUAUUGCUUACUAACCUGUGGCUUGGCUUUCAGCUCAAGUUGGAUGUAUUAUUAAUGGAAUGAGAAAAGCAAUAUCCUUUUCAUUCCAUUGACUGUAUGCCGCUGUAUGAUUCUUCACUGUUGCAAAAUACCUACAGAGAAGUGGCUUGGAUCUAUGUGUAACAUGCUAGUUUGAAAAGUUGGCACUAAAGAUAGAAAUGCAAUAAGGGAAAUUAACUUAGCAAAAAGGAGUUACUGUAUUUGGCUCAUAAAUUCUUAGAUUCUUCCUUCAAGGAUUUCUUUCAGGAUAGUUAACUUUACACCAAAGAAAUUUGGACAGAUUUUUUUUAGCACUAUCAUAGCUAAUGGUAAGUUGUGGUUAACCCAUCACAAGAAUGAUCUGGAUGAGUUCUGUGCUUCCCAGUCUCCUAAAGGGACCAAACCAAGAAGCUCGUGGGUGCCUCUUUCACAUGAAGAUUUUUAAACAAUCAAGAGACUAUACAGAUUCUUGUAUUUCUCUGAUUUGGAGAUAGCUUAAUUGCUGCCUAGGUUAAAUCUCAAUUUUCACAGUACAUUGAACAGAUGAAGCCAUUACUGUUCAUAGAAUUUCAUAUGCAAACAAAGAAUGCUUUGCACAUGUUAAAUAUUGCAAAUACUUUGCUUCAAAAAUUAUCUGCACAGGAAGGAAACUGGAUUAUUUAGUGCAAAGGAAAUUGCCCUUCUACAUGUGGCAGUUUAUCCCAGUAUGUAGAACUGGAUUCUACUAUCAAAGGACAUUUAUAGAAACAUAGCCUUAGAUUUUAAUAUCAGUUCAAAGAGUGACAUGCAAAAUGAAAAAUAAAAUUUAACUUGACUUAAUGGAAAAUUUACUGCAUGCAUUUGGAUUUUUCCCCCUUGGCCUACCUGGCCAUAAUUAUUUUUUUGUAAUUUUACAAUACAUCGACCAACCACUUGCCCAGAUGUAUGAGACAUUGUAUUAAAUUUGUUUUUUAUGGUACUUGUAGCAGCCAGAUUUAUGCCACCAAUUAAGGGAAGUAUUAUUAACACUAUGUAAUGGUGAAAUGUAAUGUUGUAAUGGUUGCUCAAAUGCAAAAGACACUACCAAGAUAUCUUCAAGUUUGGACAGUAUUUUUUCUGCAUGCCAAAAUAUUUAUGUAUUAAAUGAUCUACUUUAUGUCUUAAAAUAU